UCGCUCACUGGCGAAUAGCGAUCAGUCCGCGUCCAACAACCACACACGACACACGGCACACGACAUUGGACACAACACACUACACGACACAGUACACGGACAUCAAUAGAAGCAACGUUAUCCGCACCAGCGGAGUGUUUGUGUUUGAAGUGCAAGGUGACCAGCGAGACGGAGGUGCAAGGCAUGUUGAUGGCGGGCGCUCUGCCGGCCGAGUCCGAUGGACUGCUGGCAUUGGGUUCGCUCCCCGGCCAGAAAGACACCACCUGGACGAAACUGUUCGUCGGCGGCCUCCCAUAUCACACCACGGAUAAGAGCCUAAGGGAACACUUCGCUGUUUACGGGGACAUCGAGGAGGCUGUUGUCAUUACAGACAGACAAACCAGCAAAAGCAGAGGAUAUGGUUUUGUAAUAAUGGGCGAUCGGGCAGCUGCUGAACGCGCCUGCAAGGAUCCCAACCCUAUUAUCGACGGCAGGAAAGCAAACGUCAACUUAGCAAUCCUUGGAGCAAAGCCCAGAGGAAAUUUGGCGCCAGGCUUCGGACUCGCAGCGGCCGCAGCGGCAGGCGUCCGUGCAGGAUAUCCUACAGUACUGCCCGCACAUUAUGGGUUGUCCCCGGGGUACGUGUACGGUGCCCCCGGAUAUGUGGGGGCCAUGAGCGGGGUGGGCGCCAGCGUGGGUACUGGAGGGGGGCUGGUGCAGUUGCCGCAACUACAACACGCUGCGGCCGUGGCUGCUGCGAACCACCUUUAUGAAUACCAGGCAGCUGCCGCUCAAGGAGCAGCUGCAUACCAACAGCAAUACGCUGCUGCUGGAUUCGAUCCGUAUGCAACUGCUGCAGCAGCAGCAGCAGCAGCCAGCGGUGCAGGCUACAUGUCUCCAUACUACACUCUUCAAGGCGGCGGUGUGCAGGCGCCAUUAUUGCCACCAUUGCCAUAUCCACCACAGCUCCAAGAAGCACGAAUGCAAUAAUACCAACAUAUCAAAGUGGCACAAAAUAAUAUCAUGAGCCACUCUCUCGGUGUUAAGUAACGAAAAUGUGAUGAGGUGUUGUAGUGUUGGAAUAAUGCUAUCAUUACGGUUCCAUCACCGGAAAAACCAAAAAAAAAAAAAAAACUGUCAAAUACAUGCUGUAUCAACCAAAUAUUAAUAAAUGACCAAAGCUAUAAGCUUUUACGUUAGAAUUAAGGCACGAUGAGGGUACUUAAUGCCAGUAUAGGUGAAGGGUUUUAGAAAAUUAAUAUUACCUAGCGUUGUAAAAUAAAACUAGAUUCUAAAUAAUCUAAUAGCAAUCGAUAAACUGUUUGGAAAUGACACUAAAUAAACAAUGGAUUAUAAUUUCAAUGAAUAUGUCAUUUGCAACGAGUUUCGUCUAGUAAUAUAGUUAAUAUAUUUUAUACCUAGCUGUGUAAAACGAUGUUCUUGCCUCAUUAUUCGACUUCCUAAUGUCAUACCUAUUUUUUUAUCUAAAUAAUAUUUUUAGAUAUAUAUUUUAGGUAUUACUUUCGUCCUAAUUCAUUAUUAUUAAUGCCGAAUAGCUGUCCGACAAUAAUGUUAAGAAAGAUUUUGUCAUGCGUUCAAAUAAGUGGCCAGUGACUUUCCACUCCGAAUGCGUUGCAGAUUUGUCUAAAUAAAAUUAUACCUAUGUCUAUCGUCUCCAUCACGUGCUGUUUUUCUACGUUUUACGCCAUGACUUUAUUGCAAUUUUUAAUACUUCCAAAACACCUUCCUUUUUGUUUUUACUUAUAUUUUAUUAGAGAGCUAUUCAAUUUUAUAAUCGUGGUACGAAUGUGAGGUUAAGUUAAAUGCCGCUAUGGUCAUAAUGAAAACAUGUUCUUGGAACAUCAACUGAACUAUAUUUAAGAUGCGGCGUUUUGACAAAAUGUAGGCAAAUAUAUAAAGUUACUAUGUUACAGUAAAAUUAGCUUUUGUUAUUUCUGUAACGUGUCCACAUUGCUCAAUUCGUCUUAAGAUGGACCCGGUUUAGCUUAAGGUAAGAGGAGAGCAAUAAAGGGCUUAUGUAUUAAUUAUUAAUAUUAUGUACUUAUUUAUAAUAAUAGGCUAUUUUAUUAAGGCCCUUAAUUUUAUGUUCUCCAAAGCGGUAUAGAAUAAUUCAAUUACUAGUCCAUGUAAUAUUAAUGAUAUUGAGUUUUUGACAUCCGCUGGCCGACAUUAUUCUUUAUAAAAUAUCUAUGAUAUAUAAAUAUUUGUAUAUGAAUAUUUUUUUAUAACAAUUCGAUUUAGUAAUGUCCAGGUAAUGGCCGGCGUCGUAGUACAAGCGAAGGGCACUAGAUAUAUCAAAAUCAUAGCAUGUAAGUUAAACAUAAUUAUUAUAAUAUGCUGUUAUUCGUAAUUUAUUUUGUUGAUAUUUGUAAAUCUACAUGUUGAUAACUAUUUAUUAUGUGGAAGAGUAAUAAAAUUGUUAAAUAAUUAUUUAUCGAACGGAUCAAUGAUAAACCAAUAAUGUCCGAUGAAAAUAGAUCCGUUCCAAUAUAAUGAAUUAUACACACCGUUAUUAUAAGUAGAAUAUAUUAAAAACAUUAAUCAUGUUAGCCAUAUUCGUGGCCAUCUUGCCUUAAAUGUCAUUAUUUAUACAAUAUUAUAUAAAACAUAUCACGACGCGACACCGCGUCCUCCAAGACCAUAAGCAUUUCAUUCACAGUAAUAUAAGCACAAUAUAUUUAUGUAUGACUUAUAUAUAAUAUGAUAUCAUAAUAAAUACCUAAUAAUUGUUAUAAUUAAUUUAAAAUUAUACUAUACUGUACUUAAUUUAGGAUAGUCUAAAGUGGAAAAUAAUUUUAUAAGGUA